UCUGCACAAGUACAUUCAGCAACACGAAGAUCGAACCUCCGAAAUCUCGGCUAUCUUUCGAGAGUUGUUUACCGAAUUAAAGCAGGAGAAUUUGUUGUUGGGGUCCCGUGAUGCUUCCCCUGCAGGACAAGGACAGAUCAGUGGUUCAGGUACUCCUGAAGUCUGGCUGCUGCUCUAGAUGUGUGCUCAGAUUCUGCUUCGUGGGGCUGCAGGUACCGUACAGGCAACCGUCAAAGGUUUUGGCUGAGCAAUUAUUUGAUUUUGCUUUUCCCAAUGAUGUAAACAAAUGUGUUCCUUACAUACAAGAAGAAAAGGAUCCACCCUAUAAGAAGAUUAAACUGGAGGAACCAAAUAACUUAAAUACAGGGCAAGACAAAAAUGAUACUAUAUCUUUAACAGUGCCUGAAUUCAUCUCUAGUAACAAAGAUGGAGAAAAUAUCUGUGUGGUAUGUCUUGGAGUCCUCCAAGACUAUAGUGAAAAGGAUUUUGCAGCACAUAUUUCCAAUGAAGUUAAAAGUGCUCAAUUCCAGUUUGACAACUUUGUAAUAUCUGUGUCCCUUCCAGCUCAGCUGUCUGUUAGAGAGCAUGCAAUGUGGUUGCUGGUAAAGCAAGAAGUGGGAAAUAAGGGCCUUUAUAUGGGAAGAGAUGAUGUGAUCCAGGUUAAAGAAGUUUACAAGUGGAUUAUACACCCAUUUAUCUCGGAAGAAUUGGGCGUACCUGUUGAUAGCAAGAGCUGCUUUGAAAUUAGUGUGGUGUUCAGUCAUCCGGAAACUAAUGGGGAUUGCCACUUUCUGGCCUUAGUGUGCUCCGAUUGCUUCAAACCAGCUAAAAACAAACAGUCAGUCUUCACCAGAAUGGCUGUGAUAAAAGCCUUGGAGAAGAUAAAAGAAGAGGAUUUCCGCAAGCAAUAUUCUUGUCCUCCUCGAUUGCCAGUUUCAAAAUGCCUUGUUGAGGACAUUCAGUGCCUUCAUGCUCCAGUCUAUGUGGCUGGGAGAUAUAAUAAAUAUUCAAGAACUUUACCACAGACUCCUUGGGUAAUAGAUGGUGAGAGAAAAAUGGAAUCAUCAGUAGAAGAGCUAAUUUCAGAGCAUUUGUUAGCCACUUUUAAAGCUGAUGGUUUUAAUUUUUCAUCAUCAGGAAGGGAAGAUGUUGAUGUGAGGACUUUAGGGAAUGGUAGACCGUUUGCAGUUGAACUGCAGAAUCCUCACAGAUCAUCAUUUACAAAGGAAGACAUUAAGAGGCUUCAGCAGACUAUCAAUAAUUCUUCUGACAAAAUUAGAGUGCGAGAUUUACAGAUUGUUACACGGGAGGCUGUUAGCCGUAUGAAGGAAGGUGAGGAAGAAAAAACUAAAUCAUACAGUGCUUUAAUAUGGACGGCAAAAUCCAUUGAUAAAAGUGAUAUUGAGUUCAUUAAUGACAUCAAGGUAAGAUAGUUCAGUCCUGCAAAAAUAAUUU